UCGGCCUAGCAAGCAAGCUAACGAGUUUGCUAGCGGCUAACUGAGGGAGGACUGUAACGAUCGAUCCACACCCUACUGUCAAGACAGCUCGCCUGCUCGCUAUUAGUGGCAUCUGACAGUUUACCCACAGAGCCAGUGGAUGUGAGAAGACAGGAGGACAAAAAAAAAAAAUGGACUAAAAUGCAUCAGACUAUGUAACAUCACUGCUGCACAUGGCUUUGUAUGAGAGCAAAAUGGGAAAGGAGGUCUAUUUGCAGCGAAUUUGGAGGUGGGAGAGGUCUCUACACCCGGACCUGGCCAAGCGCGGUGACACCUCGGUGACUUACACGGGGCUUCUUUUUGGAAUGAGUUGAUUUUAUCCCCAUAUUGACACAAAGACUGAUCGGGGGCGGGGAUCUCAGAAGAUCCAGGGGACUCUGCUUGGCGAUUUGAGCUUUUUUAGUUGUUAAGGCGAGGCUAGACAUCAUUUUUCAAACAUUUUUGAGCCGGUUUUUUAAAGGAAAUUCCAGCUGGACUUUUGUUUGAUGUCAAGUAGCCCGCAAGUGGUUUAUAAGUAAAUUUGUUUGUUUAUUUGUUUCCCCCUGCUGACUUAGUUUGAAACGCUGGAACUGUCCCUCCUGCCGCUAUCCUCAGUUUCUUCCACCCACCCAGUGCCUAAAUAAGCCCUCUCGGGACAAUCACAGAAGUCAUCAGCAGCUGCUGCGCUCAAUCCUGCCUGUUCUCCUCUAUGUGCUUCUGCUCUCGGCCUUCUGGCCAUCCACCCACUACCUCUAUAAUUUUCUUGGUCUUUUCUUUUUACAUUCAUUUUCUCUGAGAGGCAGAAUCAGAACUCAAGCACAGUGACAAGCAUUAAUGUAAGCACUGAGUUUUGGCAGUGGAGAGAAACCUAGAUUGCUCCAAUUUUAGUCGUGUGUGUGCAAGUGUCUGUGCUUCUGUGUACAUGCACAGCUGUGGUAAAGUUGCACCAGUGCCAGGGAGCAUUUUAAGAUUAGAUUUAUUUAUAUUGUUGCACCAAAUACAGUUACUUUAAAGCCAUACAAAAAUAUUUAUGAAUUACCGACACAUAUUUUUGUAUCACAUUGCUCUUGUAUAGUUUUGCUUUUAUAAGCCUUUUAAGAUUAUGCACACAAAUUACAUAUUCACAACAAGCUGUACACUUGCAAGAGGAGCUAUAUAUUGCUAAGUUAAAAAAAAAAUCCUCUGUUUUUGAGUGAUUGUAUUAGUGCUGGGAGAAAUUUAGUGUCUGGACACAGAGAAUCCCACAUGUUUCCAUUCAGUUGCUGCUUUGCAUAGUGUUGGUUUCCAGUCUGUAGUCAUGGCCCCUCCUCCCAAACAAACAACAUAUACGCCAUUUUGACCUGGAAAGCACCCUUUACAGUAGGUAGACAGUAGAUAUCUACCUCUCUCUCUGUCUUCCUCUCCUCUCUCUCUGUCUCUGAUGCCGGGUUUCAGUGGUGGGGGGGUUGGGGGAGGAGUAGGUGGCCCUGCUUCUGCUCCUCCCCGUCCAUUUCGACCCAGCCGAUAUGUCCCGGUGUCUGCAGCCACCACCUUCCUCGUUGGGUCCACCACCCUCUUCUUCUGCUUCACGUGCCCGUGGUUGUCAGAGUAUUUUUCCUCUGUCAUUCCCAUCUACAUUGCUGUGAUCUUCCUCUUCACCCUUGCCAACUUCUGCAUGGCCACUUUCAUGGACCCUGGAGUCUUCCCCAGAGCUGAGGAGGAUGAGGAUAAAGAGGAUGAUUUCCGCGCUCCGCUCUAUAAGACAGUGGAGAUCAAAGGCAUCCAGGUGCGCAUGAAGUGGUGCUCAACCUGCCGCUUCUACCGCCCGCCACGCUGCUCACACUGCUCAGUCUGUGACAACUGUGUGGAGGAUUUUGACCACCACUGUCCUUGGGUAAACAACUGCAUUGGCCGGAGGAAUUAUCGCUAUUUCUUCCUCUUCCUGCUAUCGCUUACCACCCAUAUCAUGAACGUAUUUGGCUUUGGCUUGGUUUAUGUCCUGCACCACCGCCAGCAGCUGGACACACCACAUGCUGCUGUUACUAUGGCUGUGAUGUGUGUGGCCGGUCUGUUUUUUGUCCCAGUCGCUGGCCUGACUGGGUUCCACAUAGUGCUAGUGGCCCGCGGUAGGACCACAAAUGAACAGGUGACAGGGAAGUUUCGGGGAGGUGUCAACCCCUUCACCAAUGGCUGCUUGAGGAAUAUUUCACAUGUGCUCUGCAGCUCCCAGGCCCCCAGAUACAUGGGCCGGUGGCGGAGCCCUCAGGCAAUGGAAGUACAACCACCAUUUCUUAGACCGCCUCUCACUGAGGCCCAGUUAGAGGCCAAGGUCCUGGACAACGGCAUCCAGAAUGACCGACACAGCACCAGGUCCAAGAGUAGUCUAGAUCAGAUGGAGAGCCAGUCAGCUGAUGCAGAGCCUCCACCGCCGCCAAAGCCGGAGCUUCGUUACCCUGGCCUGCCUCGUGCUGACACGGAGGAGAGCAGUUUGUUGACUGAAGCUCCACCUACGCCAUCAAUGUACAAGUACCGACCAGCCUACAACAGCCCAGGAAGGAACCACACUGCCCUCACACACCCCAACAAGAUGAUCCGUGGGGAGAGUCUUGACUCUCCAUCUCCUUCCAUCCUCCAGUCCAGCCGUCAGCCUAGCUAUCGCUCGGAGCCGAGCAGCCUGGACAGGGCCACAGUGGUGGGGGGAGGUGUAGGGGCGCGCAGGGGGGGAGGGGACAGAGGUGAGGGCCCCGGAGGCCAUGGCGGGACUGCUGUGGGGAUGUCGGGGGGCAUGUCAGGUUACUCCCUGACUGGGCGCUCCUACACCUCCUACCCAUCCUCUCUGGUUCUGUCCACUGGCGGCUCCCGCUCCUCCAGCCUGCGCUCAGCGCACACGGCACAUAACCCGCUGGCCACGCUCCAAUCGGAAGGCACCACAGACACCAGCUACAAAAGCCUGGCCAAUCAGACGCCUCGGAAUGGCAGCCUGUCCUAUGACAGCCUGCUGACGCCAUCCGAGAGCCCAGAGUUCGAAUCAGCUGCGCAUGAGCUGUCGCCACAGAAGCCUCAUGCUCUGUUUCCCUCAGCGACGACAACAGGCCAGCCUGAGGUGGUGUCAGCCAGCACCCGGCUGCAGGGCUACACAUCGCCCUUUCUCUCAGCUCAGAUUGCCCAGCAGAGGGAGGGGCAGCUGCUCCAGGGCUCUGCCACUUUCUCUUCCCCCCAUAGGGCCUAUCUGCGUGCCGUCAGCCCGCCCCCUCCCUCCUCUGGGCCUCCUGAGAUCCAGCACCUGCUCCAUCAUAACCAGGACUCUUCUUCCCGAGCCUCUCGUAACCCUUCCUCCUCAUCCUCUUCACCUGGGGUACGCUCACUAGAGCCCCCUGUCUCCCCGCCACCUCGUGGCCUCUCCCUCGGCAAGUCCCAUUCUUACACUGCGGAGGCAGGGCCUCAGCACAAACCUCGGCCCACAGGAGGAGGCGCUGUGCUGGGAGGGGGAGGAGGGCAACAGGCUCCACAAUCCACCUCUCGCCCAGUCUUGGCCAAUCACACCACAUCCAAACCAGGGGGCGGGGUGAAGAAGGUGACAGGCGUCGGAGGGACCACUUACGAGAUAUCGGUUUGAGUGACAGGCAUCCUUCAUGGUCUACCACAAGAAGAUAAAGGGGGAAAAAAGUCACUGGACUACUUCCACUUACCUGAGCUGGAUAUUAUUCACGACUGCAGGCCCCUGAAAAGUGACUGUUCUCAGCUGCAACAGACUAAAGGAGCAGGCCUGUCCGGUACCCACUUUGUUAUCUUUUUAACGCCACUGGCCACUCUCCUCUGCUAGCCUUUCAGAUUUGAACAAAGAAAAACAGGGGACGCUGGUUAAUUUUUCACAGGAUGAGUUUGUCUCCAUUUAGCAACUUUGUGAGCCAUAGGCUGAUGUGACUGUCUCACCUCGGCUGGGUACAGAUAUGUCUAUAGAACACACAUAGCUUCUCAAUGAUUUGCUGUUUUUCUUUGGUACAUUAGCACACAGAGUAUUGACCACCGUGUCCGACACUUAAGAAAAGAAUGGCCUUGAUCCAUCGAUGUAGAAUUUUAAGAGGGAGGAUUUAGGACUGUUGACCAAUAGAAACGUCAUCUUCUCCUCUCUCUGAAUGGACCACACAACCUGUGUAUCGAUGAGAGUCAUGAAGAGAAGAGUCCAACCUAUAAACCCAGUAUCAUUUAAGUUUUAUAAAUCUUUUUUUUUUUAAUAUUGUUUUAUAUAAAUGUAUAAAAUCUUGCAGAUUAUUAUUGGGUCAAAUUGUCAGGUAUUGAAGAUGACUGUUGAUGAGGGUGGCAGGUGUAGUGUCUGUAAUCAUGAAAGCGAUUUCAAAUCAGUUGCCUGUUUAUAUUUAAUGGCUGCAUCAGCCACUCAUGAGCUCUUGCUGGAUUUGACAUCGUCCAAAGAGAAUGACGAUCCGGUGGCGGACAGCUGAAGUGGCAAACAAUUGAGCUUCACAUUUGAAAGCCACAAAGAAAUUUUGAAUCACAAUUGCAGCACAAGCUUCUUUGUGGAAUGUACGCUUGUAACGUUUAUGCUAGAGACAUUAUGCAAAAUCUGUUUGUAGCUUUAAGAUCAUUGUAUGUCUUUUUUGCUGUUUUUUUUUUCUUUUUUUUUCUGUAAUGUUUUGUCUGUGAGUCAGUCAAGAUGCUAGCAGAACUUUAUACCUUUAACAGAUGGCCAGCCAAAUAGGGGCAGCGGGGGAAGGGCUUAUUUAUUUCACCAGACAAGACAUCCUUGUAGUUUUGGACACAAUUUCAAACCAGUUUCUCUACCAGUUUGUUCUGAUAUUGAGCAAAAAUGGAAGUAUGAUUUUUUUUAAUGGAAAAAAAAACAACUUAUAAAUGAAACUGUAAAUGUGAUAUGCCACUGAAUAGAUUUUUAAGGAGGGACUGGUUUGGAAUUAGGUAUUUUUUGCCUUGAAACCAUUCAUAGUGAAGCAAGCGCAUUUUCAUUUUUUUCUAUUGGUUUUUAUUUUUUACACUUUUCUGUUAAAAAACAGGCAGAUUAGAUUUUUUGUAUUGACUUGCUCAUUAAAAAAAAAAAAAAACUUCUGUAAAGGUACCGUUCUCUUUUUAAAACUCAAUUCAUGUUGAGAAAAGAGCAAUUAGAGGAAGGGAAGUGUGUAUUUCAGUUUGUGUCUUUCAUGAUUGGGCAUUGCAGUAAAGGUUUUAUUUUUUUAAUUUUUUUUCUAUCAAGGCCCACAGUAGUAUUUGCAGUAGAAUGUCAAAGCUGGCUGAAUGUAGCACGUCUUUGGGGGAAAAGUACACACUUGAAGCACACAAGUAUCAUCAUUUAACCCAAAUGACAGUGUUACGAGUUUUCAACCCUCCCAGGCUAUGUCUUUGGUGUGCAUGUGAUUUUUGUUUGUCGUGCUGAAUGCUUUACUGGCGUGCAUACUUGUGAGAAUAUUGUCAAAUGCCCACCUGGUUCAUGUGUGGGUGGAAACAAGAAAAGAAGCAUCAUUAAUGGCACAAGCAGCCCUCGUAUGGAGAUUGAGAGAACCUGUGUUACCUUUCUUCCUGCUCUGGCCAAAGAUGGUGGCCACUGAACAAUUUGAAAUUAUGUGGGUAGAGUAAGUAUCCUUCUAUGUGAGAUAAAAUAUUGCUAUUGUGGGCUGUGAUGAAUGGAACGAGUUUCACAAAUAUCUGUAACGAGUACAUUAAAUACAUUUCCAAAAUGGCCUUAUAAAGAAUUUUUAAAAAGAUGUCUUCUCAGAAUAAAAAGGUCAAACUGA